CCGUGCGGUGGUGGUGCCCAGAUCAAGUUCAGACUUUGAAAUAGUGUUAUGUGUUAAAAAGCACUGGAAAUUGUGCUAUACAUACACCAUAACAUGGAUUGGUUUAAAGGAGCUGUGCCCUACGUAGACGACUGGUUUUUAAUGGGCACACCGUGGACACUAUUCGCGAUAUGGAUCGUCUACAUCACUUUUGUACUCAAAUGGGGCCCUGCCUACAUGUCCACAAGACCAGCUUACAAACUGAAAAACACUUUAGCCUUAUAUAAUUUAUUUCAAGUUGGUCUGUCUUGUUACAUCGUUUAUAUGGGUACAUAUAUAAUGAGCAAAGAAGGCUUGGUGAGCUCGCAUUGUGCGAUUGAAGCGAAAGAAUCUCAAUCUUACAUGGUGCGCGGCGUCUACAUAUACUUUCUAGCAAAGAUAUCCGAACUGCUUGACACCGUAUUCUUCGUACUACGAAAGAAGAUGAACCAAGUAUCCUUCUUACACGUAUACCACCAUUCCCUCAUGGCGAUUUCUACGUGGUUUGCCUUGAAAUAUAAUCCUACGGACGUCCUUAUAUUCUUGGGGACGCUGAACUCUUUCGUGCAUGUUAUCAUGUAUGGGUAUUAUGGGUUGUCGGCGUAUCCUAGUAUGACGAAAUAUUUGUGGUGGAAGAAGUAUAUCACGUCGUUUCAGUUGAUACAAUUUGGAUGUAUAACCCUACAUGCUUUCAUCAGCACCUUCGUUUCGAACUGCAAGACCUCAUUCGUUCUGCUAAUAACAAUUUUCUUCAAUUUAGGAUUAAUGAUAUACCUUUUCCGAGAUUUUUACAUAAAAUCAUAUGUCAAAAAUGAAUGUAGCAAAAAAGGUCUAGAUAUUAGGAGACUUAGUCAUAGUUUUAUAACAUCUUUAAAUGAGCUAAGCCGGUCUGAUGAAACGAAAUCUAUUUGA